UAGGUUAGUGUUGCGUGAAAAGUAUUAAGUAAUAUCACAGUAUACUAAUCAAAUUGAUUAGUAUACUGUGAGUAGCAUUAACGUUGAAAAUCUAUAAAACAUGUUUAAAAAGAAACAGUCGUGUAGGCUUUGCCUUAUUGUCGUGAACGACGAAAAUCGCGUAGUAAUAGAAGAAACUAUUAAAGAAGUUCUAGAUGUUCUUUUGCUGAAACUACACGAAAAAGAAAAGAACAAAUCUAUAAUGUGCAAUGCCUGUUCCGUUAAACUGUUUGCGGCAUUCAAUUUCAAGGCCACGUGUACGGAUACCGAGGACCGUAUCUUUCCAUACGUCGAUUCUGAAAGGGGGACGCCGGUCGACCUAAGAGAAAUUUAUCUAAAGGAAAGAGGUAAAGAGCAUUUAAAAGAUAUGUUCAAACACGAGAGGAUUUGUCGAUUGUGUAUGCAAGUGGUCACCUGUGGAUUUACACCAGCAAAAGAAGUGGAUGUCCAUACACUCUGUCAAUAUAUUCCGGAAGUGAACUUGACUUCCACAACAGAUCCUGUUAUGUGCAAAGCUUGUAUCGAUUCUUUGGACACCCACACGGGUUUCUUAAAGGGCUGUUUUAACGUGGAAGAGAAAAUUAAAAAUAUUUCUGUCGACAAAACCAUAGAAAGUCUAUUCCAUAUUAUCACAGAAGAAAUUGAAUUAAAAUCUGAAGAUUAUAACGACCCGCCACUUCAGAGCUCUAAUGUUGUACCAUUCGAGGAGAGUGACUGCAGUUACGAAUCAAAAUACAAGAGUUACAUCAAACAACAUCAAUUGAAGCAUAAAGAUCAUUCACAGGUUCAAAUGUACAGGUGUAAUGACUGCGAUUACGAAAGUAAAUACAAGAUUGUUAUCAAACGCUGCCGUAAGAAGCAAAGGUUCAAGGUUAGAAAUAGAAUGAAUAGGUUAGAAGUUAGAGGAGAUUGUUGCAGACCAAUGGCUGAUAUAAAGGAAACUUCGUGUAGGCAUUGCCUUGAAAAUAUAACCGCCGAUGAAAGUUUUGAAAUGAAAUUUGGUAAUGAGAGCAAAGAGGCUAUAUGUAACGUUUGCAGAAGAAAGUUAAAUGCAGCGUUAGAAUUCAAGUCAACAUGUCUGAAUACCGAUAACACAAUUAUUCCUUAUGUGGAUAGCGAAAAAAUGUUACAGCUCGACUUAAGAGAAGUGUACAUGCAGGAAAAGAAAAGUGAAUUAGUUUGCGGUCAGAAAAUAUCUCGAUUGUGUAUGCACCCAGUAGAAAGUGAGUUUAAGUGCAUACGUGAAGUGGAACUUGAAGCUAUUCAGAAAUUGAUUCCUGAAAUGGAUAUAAAUAUCAUCAAAGAUCCUGUUGUGUGUAAGCAAUGCUUGUAUACUCUAUGUACUCACAAUAGUUUCAUAAAUGACUGCUCAGAGGUAGAAGAAAGAAAAAGUAUUUUUGGUAGUUCAACCACAGGAAGUCAGAUAGAUACAUCUCCACUUGAUUUAUUGAUUAAAACUGAAAACCUCGACAAGGAAUUCGAUAUUAACGAGAUGGAAAUGUCAAUCAAACCUGAAAAUAUGGACAUAAAAUCGGAAAAUGAGGAAAGGAGCAACUUGCCACUACAGAGCUCCUAUAUUGUACCAUUCGAGGAGAGUGACUGUAAAAAUGAAAUAGAGGAUGGAUGUAAACACGAAAAUGGAUCAGUUGUGAAAACCAUGCAGGAACGCCAAGUACUAUACAAAUGUGAUAAAUGUAUUUAUGAAACUGGAAGUAAGAUCCGUUUUACGGUACACAAGAACGAUUCGGAACUGUAUAAAUGUGAAUCGUGUGAGUACGAAACUGAAAAUAAAAAAUUACUUCAGAGACACCUGUUGAGGCAUAAAGACCCUUCAAAGGUUCAAACGUACAGGUGUAACGACUGCGAUUACAAAACUGUAUACAAGAGUCACAUCCAGCUUCACCAACCGAAACAUAAAGAUCCUUUACAUAUUCAGAUUUGGGGUAGACGAUGGAUGGGGCCCACCUUCACGAGGCUGCCUACACCUACAGAGAUAAGGCAGGACAAAACAAAGAGAGACAGUCCCAUAUUACCUAGGCUACAAACCAUAGAACAAUAA